AUGAGUUCAAUAUCUAGAAUUAAAAAAGAACUGUAAAAUCUUCAAGAUGAACCUCUGAAUGGGUUCUUGAUCAGCAUUUUGGACGACAAUAAUUUAUUUCAUUGGAAAAUUUGUUUUUCUGGACCCCAAGGAUCCUCUUAUGAAAAUGGAAAUUUUACUCUAGAUGUAUUGUUUCCAGAAGAUUAUCCAUUAAAAUCUCCAAAAAUAUUAUUUCUGACUUCUAUCUAUCAUUUAAACAUUGAUUAUAAUACAGGGUAAAUUUGUCUAGAGAUCUUGGGAUAAAAUUGGUCUCCAAACCUAACUAUUAGAAAGUUACUCUUAAGUAUUCUAGCAUUGCUUUAUGAUCCAAAUCCUAAUAGUCCACUACUUGAAGAUGUUAAUACCAUUUUUAAGAAUGACAAAGCAGCUUAUUUAUAAAAAGCAAAGGAAUGGACUAAAAAGUAUGCUAAUUGA